AUGAACUCCAUCUUAGAGCCCACUGGUCCCUCCCAUGAGUUUUGGACUCAGUGCAUCCAGGUUUGCUCCCAGGUAUCAGAUGGCUUCUCACUUCAGGCUUUUCUUUUUGGUCCAUUUCGACCUUGAUGCACAAGAAAGGAGACAACAUUCAUCACCUGUAUCGUUUAAUUUGCUACAUUUACUUAGAAUGCAUUUGAGUGAUUUUAUAGCAAAUCUUUGUUAAUUUCACAGUUUUAAAUCAAAUUAUCUCAUUUGUUUUCAAAAGAUUGUACAUUAUCACUCAAACCAUAAAUGUUUCUACCACCCUCUGACAAGACAAGGGUUGGUGCAAAUGAACUUAAGCACAAACCAUGUACACCUCCAUGAACUUUAAUGAGCUACACACACCUGUCAUUAAUCUGCCACUUUUUCAAACUUGACUUUUUCAAUAUUUUCUGAUACUUUAUCCCUCUUAAUGUCUCAUCUCAUCCAACUCACAUGCUACUUUAAUGCUUUUUCUUCAUUCUCUGCACAGCUUAUAGAAAAGUUGUCCUGUACUCUGUACAUGAACACAUGAGACUAAUUAAAAUUCUUGAAUGCCUUGAAUACCAUGAGAUAAUGAGCAAUAAGAUCAUGUAUGGUAUAGUAUGAUUUUGAUUUCAAUUGCCAACAACUUACUCUAAAACAGAAAGUCGGGUAAAGCACAAACAGUUUAUAAGCUGCUUGAAAGACAAUAAAAAGAGCAAGUCUUCUGUCCGUGGCUUCAGUGAGUUUAGCCGUAUUAAAAAGCACAAGAAAAACGACUGAAUUGCUGAACCAAGUCUGUGAAGUAUGUAUUUCAAACAGCAGCAACCUAAAGUCAAAGCAUCGUCUGUCAUGUUGGGUGGCAAUUUCUUGACGCACGACAUGCAGAAUCAAUUCUCGGAAACAGGUCAAUGUAAAAAGGUUUUAUUGUAAAUGAGUAACUAAGAGGAGUAACGGGGACAGAUGAAGCUCUGCGGUGGUAGCAGGAUUCCAGGGCGAGAUUCUGAGGAGGGAGACAGAGUGAAUAUCCGGUGGCGGUGGGAAUAAUCUGAGAAUUUGUAGUUAGGCGGGAGCUUACCGUUUUCCGGUAGAGACAAAUAUAUGGGGAGGGGUUGGUCUGGCCCGGGUGAGCUGCGGAGAUCCAGAAGGCGAUGAAAAACUAUUUUUCCAGGGAUGAGGUAGGAGCGGAGGUUGAUGAGUGCAGGUGAGCGGCUGAGAGUGGGCGGCCAGGGGAGGAGAAAGUGUGAUCUGGGUUGCAGGAGUCCGAGCUGGUUAUGGAGAUGGUGGAGUGUGGAGCGAAACCUGGAGGGGAGCAGGGAAGAGUAGUCAGGGCUUUUCUGGCGGCAGGAUAUCCAGCAAAAUUCACAGGAUCAAGUAAAGCACACAGGAACUAGCACACACACACAAAAAAACCAUACAGGAUCGAGACCAGUUAGAGGCUAGAGCUACCCAGAGUAAUCAUCCGGCGUGGUGUAGUGUUUGGGUUGGUGUUUUUGUGAACAGGGAUGUGACGUCAUGUGAGAUGAGUUUGUCAUUAUCUUCUAUUGUAAUCUCUUUUGGUUCUUUUGCCAGUUCUAUGCUAUAUUUGCAGUGUUAGUCUGUGUUGCCUAACGGGCUGAUGAUUUUGCUGAUUUCUUUUGCCAUGUUGUAUGUUGGUGUACCUAUGCUGUCUACUUUUAGUCUAAGUGGGGUGUUGUGUUUGUGUAUUUUUGGAGUUCUGUAGAUUCUUGGUAUUAUGUUUGCUGUAGGAAUCCAGUGUUUGUACAUUUUUUCUGUUAUUUUGCCUUUUUCUUGUAAUGGCUUCAGUCAUUUUUUCAUGUUUUUCUUAAUGUUUUCCGUUGGGUCUUCUUUAAGUAUUUUAUUUGUAUGAAGAUGUUUGCAGCUGCAAAUGAAACGUCAGCAAGGUAAAGAAAAACCUUAUCUGUGUUUAAAAAAGAGCCAAAAAUGGAAUUAGAAGACAAACACAGCAAGAACGUACAAAAGUUGAAUAACCUGUGCUUAAAUCAAUGAAUUUGAAAUGAAUAUUGUUCUUACAAUGAUUCAUUUAUAUCACAAAUCACUGUGUGUUUGAUUUAACAAGUCCAUCAUUGCUUACACUCUUACACAUUACAAUAAGUUACAUACGAAGGUUAAAAACAUUUUUGUAUCUGAAGGAAGGCGUGGCUUUCUGAGGAAUGUUUUGGUAAAGCCUUCCAGAGAUGGCACAUUCUGAUUUGCCAGAAUGUCCAGAAAUUAUAACAAGGUAGUUUAAUAAAACAGGAAUUACUUCCCGAGUAAUUCAGUUUCUGGCGGAGUUCCGAACCGGCCAAAUCAGAUCAAGCAUCCUUGAGACAUCUCUUUGACAUACAGUCAAAACCCGUUUGCACGAUGCAAGCUGACACAGCCAGACGGCUCCCUAAGAGCCACAUCCACUUUGGACGCAAACAAGCAUUCCAGCUACUGUUGUGACCUGGAGACAUCUCAAGACUGUACGGGUCGUAUCGGAGUUUAAUCUACGAAAUCCCAGUGCCGUGAGGUCCACUCGACUUCUGACAGUCCGGAUUGCUGGGGGUCUCUACCAGGGUUUGUAGACACAAAAGAUUGUGUUUGAUGCUGUUUAAUUAAUAAUCAACUCAUUUUAUAGCAGACAACUAAUUCUUUUACACCCAGAUUUCAUAAUUUCUUUCAGAUACAAAGAUUCUGAUAAACAUCUAGAUUACAUGACACCACCUCACACAUCACAUUCCAUCACCGCAUAUCCACUCCAUCACAUCUCAUUAUUCAUAUCUUGUCAUGUAUAAUCAGUUGUUUAGAAAAGAAUAAAAUUCCUUUUUAACUAUACUUGACUCUGUCUGAAGUAAUACAAAGUGUGUUUAUGGUCCCUGAGCAAGUAAAUUUAAUCUUGAGAUUAAACAUUCAAAUAUCAAUCAGAUUGAUAUUUCAUAUUUAUAUGGAAUCAUCACAUCUUAUUGGUCAUAAUUAAUUUGCAGUUGUCACGUUAUAAAGUGUGACCGCUACAGUGGUCAUACAAAAUAAUAGAUGUAGUAGUUUCUGUUGCAGGGUGUAUUCCUUUUUGCUUCAACCCAUUUCAGGAAAACUGCAGAUUUUCUGAUCUAAGUUAUAUAUUAUUAACCUUAAUUUCAUGUUAAGGAGUUAAACAAGUGUUUAAUAAAACGCAGCCUUGUGAAAAUUCUGGAAAUUGUCCUUCUGUUCAUUGAGCUACUGAUUAAAUUCGUACUUUUUAAGGGGGUGUACUCAUUUAUGCUGAGCACUGUAGUGCAUUAUUAGGCAUUAAUAAAGUAUUAAAGUAUGAACAACUGCUUAACCAUAUUACAUAAAGCGUUACUAGUAGACACCCCCCUAGCCCUUUAACCUAACCAUAGAUAAUAAUAACGUUAUUAAAGGGACCCUUACUGUAAAGUGUUACCAACAUUUUAAACACAAGAAAUAACAAUUAUAUAAGUUCUCUAUUCUAAAAGAAAAUAUUUCGGAUUGAAAAGAUUUCAUUAUGUCUAAAAUUCAAGUCAUAAUUUUUUUUUUUGUUUUUUCAGUAACUAAUGUUGGCUACCCCAAAUACUUCAACAACUCUUGGAGUGUUUUUCCAUGAAGUCAAGAUUUCUGAGCUUUUGUUUGGUGUCUAAAGAUUUGGGUUUUGAACUAGAACAUAUUCAGGACGUGUGGAAUUCAAAAAACAAGGAAAAUUUGUAUUUCUGAAACCAAAUGCUUUAUGUCACACCUAGAGUGGAUGAUUUUAUAAGUGGUUUGAUUUACAAACGGAAUAAAAGUGUACUUGAUGAUAAAAAUGUGCUUUCCUGGUCAAGAGUUUGACGAAUACAUCUUUUUGGUUUUACCUGGUUUUCGGUGCGCGGGGCGUGUGCGGCUGCGCAGACAAAUACACACUCUGAUUGGUCAGCAUUCCAUUUUGCCCCACCUCUAUUUUCAAACGCGUUCAUUUGAUUGGUUCUCGUUUGUUCGUUUUCUUUCGUCCCUGAAGAAUGGAAUGAACAUUACUUUACUGGUUCCUGUGAUUAGCGUAUCGCCUCUAAUGGAGAAUUUAACAUUGUAUGGAAAAGAGUUGGUGCAAGUAGGUAAGUUUAAAUAUUUAGGAGUAAUAUUUGAUAAAAAGUUAAUAUGGAAGGAUGAUAUAAAUGAAAUGGAGAAAAGAUGCAAAAAAGCAAUAAAUAUAAUGAGGUGUGUGAGAGGAUAUGAUUGGGGGGGCUAGUGCUCAGGUAUUAAAUUACAUGUACAGUGCAAUGAUACGAUCAGUGAUAGAUUGUAGUUCAGCAUCUAAAAUAUUAAUGAAAAGGAUUGAAAUCAUACAAAGUCAAGCAUUAAGAGUGUGUUGUGGAGCAAUGAAAACUACACCUAUUGUGGCACUACAGGUAGAAAUGGGAGAGAUACCAAUACAGCUUAGAAUAAAACAGAUAGCUUUAAAUUAUUGCACAAGUAUACAAGGGUGUGAGGACAACGAACACAUGGCGAAAAGGGCACUGGGUCCGUGUUGGGAAAAUGAGAAAUUGAAGAAGGAAUAUGGUAGCUGGAAAGUGCAAGAUUGGGCAAAAGAGAGUAAGAUCCAAGAUAAAGUACAAAUUAAACAGUUUUUAUAUACAGUUAAUCCAAAAUGGAUAGUUCCGGAAGUGUGUGUUGAUAGUAUUUAUGAUAAAAUGAGAAGCAGUGGGGGAAAAGGAAAUUGGGAUAAAAUUACAGCAGAUAGAUUAAAAAGCUAUGAGUCUUUUGUGCAUAUAUUUACAGAUGGAUCAAAGGAACUGGUAGGGGAAAAAACGGUUUUGCAUUUGUAAUACCACAUAUAGGAGUAGUAGUUAGGGAAAAAACUCCAGAUCGUUUAUCUGUGUACACAGUGGAGAUGAUAGCUAUAUUAUUUAGUCUUCAAUGGAUGGAACAAAAUAGAAUUAAAAAAGGAAUUAUAUGUACUGAUUCGUUAUCUGUAUUAGUGUCAGUUGAAUUAAUGUCUACCAAGAGUCGAAUAGAUGUAUUAUAUGAAAUAUAUGAGACCAUAUAGAUUAAGGAAACUGGGUACAGAAGUUAAAUUUUUAUGGGAGCCGGCACAUAGAGGAGUAGAAGGAAAUGAAAUGGCAGAUUAUUUUGCAAAAAAAGGCAAUAAGAGAGAGAGAAAUAAUAAAUAUUGCAUAUAGUGCUGCUGAAAUUAAAUUAAUCUUAAAGUGCAUAUAAUGGAAGAGUGGCAAAGAAUGAAAGGGGAGAGAAAGGAAGACAUUUGUUUCAGAUACAAGGGAAAGUAGGAACAUGGAAAAAUAUAAGAAUGAAUAGUAGAGAUCAAAGGAUGGGGCAUACUGGGCUUAAUAAUACAAUGCAUCUGAUAGGGAAACAUCCCACCAGUUUGUGUGGAUGUGGAGUGGGGGGAGAAACAGUGGAACAUGUUUUGUGUGACUGCAUAAAAUAUGAGGAAAGUAGAGGACAACUCAGGGAGAAAUUAAGAGACAUAGGAGGUGGAGUGAUGACUGUAAGGAAUUUGGUGAAGAAAGGAAUUAUAAGUUGGUUGUUGGGUAUCUAAAGCACUGUGGUCUGUUGAAUAGAAUUUACUUUUGUUUUGUUGUUGUUUUUUUCGCUCUUACUCCGACUCACACUCCAGCACAGUAGGUGGCGGAAAUGCACCUAGAAGUUAGAUGCCACCCGCCAAUAAACAAGAAGAAGAAGAAGAAGUGUGUCGCCUCGUUUCGCUCCACGGAGCAAGUUUACCUGAAACUGAUGCAAAUAAUUUGCGAAGCGACUCAAAGUCAUUGAAGCAGGAAGCAGAAGUUUUGCUGAGAGAAGACCCUGACGCGCUCGUUUGACACAAGAUGGCGUCUGCAGUGAUAGAGGAGGAGCUCAGCUGUCCUGUGUGCCAGGACAUCUACAAGGACCCCGUCCUGCUGUCCUGCAGCCACAGCUUCUGUCGGGAAUGUUUGGAGAAAUGGUGGAGGCUUAAAGACACACGUGAGUGUCCUGUGUGCAAGACCACAUCAGACCGGAAGCAGCCAACAAGUAACUUGGUGUUGAAGAACACGUGUGAGGCGUUUUUACUGGAGCGGGAGAGACAAACCUCAGCAGAGGUUGAUCCUUUGUGUCGCCGGCACUCAGAGAAACUCAAGCUGUUCUGUCUGGACCACAAUGAGCUGGUGUGUCUCAUCUGCAGGGACUCGGAUGUCCACAGAAACCACAGGUUCAGACCCAGCAACGAGGUGUCCCGGGACCGCAAAGAGGAGCUGCAGAAGUCCCUCACACCCCUGCAGGACAAACUGGGGGUUUUCAAACGUGUCAGGGAAAAAUAUGAAGAAACUGCAGAAUACCUCCAGGUUCAAGUCCGACACGCUGAGGCAGAGAUCCAGUAUGAGUUCAAGAGGAUGUACCACUUUCUGCAGAAGGAGGAGGCGACCAGGAUUGCUGCUCUGAAGGAGGAGGAGAGGAGCAAGCGUCUGAUGGUGAAGGAGAAGACCGAUAAUCUCGAUACAAAGAUUUCAGCUCUUGCUGAUGCAAUCAAAGCCACAGAGACUGAGAUGACAUGUAACGAUGUCACUUUUCUGCAGAACUAUGAAGCUGCAGUGGAGAGAGUCCAGUCCUACUCCCUGCAUCCAGACCCACAGCCAAUUCCAGGAGCUCUGAUCAAUGAGGCCAAACAUCUGGGCAAUUUGGGCUUCAGUGUCUGGAGAGGGAUGAAGGGGUUGGUGUCCCACACACCUGUGGUUCUGGAUCCAAACACGGCUGAAGCAGGACUCAUCCUGUCCAGCAACCUGACCCGGGUGAGUCGAGGAGAGAAAUGGAAAGUUCCUGAUAACCCUGAGAGGUUUGAGUGUCAUGGGGUCGUCAUGGCCUCUGAGGGCUACGUGGAAGGUAUUCACAGCUGGGUGGUUGAAGUCGGAGACAACACGGCCUGGUUUGUCGGCGUGGCAACAGAAACCUUUCAAAGGAAGGGACGCGUCAACAUCAGGUCUGGAUUGUGGGCUGUAGCUUUUUCCAAAGGGAAUUACAGCAUCAUCUCCCAUCAGAGUCCCACCAUUUACCACCCAAAGAGGAAGCUGUGGACCAUCCGUGUCCAGCUGGACUUGGAGAAAGGGAGCUUGACGUUUUCCGAUCCCAUCACAAGAACCAACAUCCAUAGCUUCUCUCACUCCUGGACUGAGAGGUUGUUCCCUGUGUUUUACACAGGAAGUGAAAUCCCUCUGCAGAUCUUACCAGUGGUGUUGCGCAAUGAUGGACCGUAUGAUGACAGUGAUAAUGACUGGGAUGAAGGGGAUGAUCGGGACAGGAAUGGAACAUCAGACAAGCAGCAUCAACAAGCUGAAUAAGAAAUAACUCUGUAAUAAUACUGUUAUGUUUGGCAUCUCAAAGUUGUAGUUUGUUAAAGAUUCAAUAAUUUUAAAGGAGAGCCUGAAGUUAGACGAACAUUUUAUUUUGAAAGGGUUUGUUUUGAAAUAAUGAGGUUCAGUUUUAGCGAAUUAAAAGAGGUCAGCUGCAGGAAGCUGCUCGGUUUUUAUCUUCUUUUAACUGAAACAGUUUUGAAGCUGUGCAGCGUUUUAAUCAAAACAAAUUUUUCAGAGAAAUGGCUCCAAAUAAGGAAACCUGCGUUACGAUGAAGUAGAAAUCAGGAUGGAAAGAAUCUCCUAAAACAGCACGACUCAGAACAUUGAAUCAGCCUGAGUAAGACCAAAUCUCAACAGGAAAUGCCAAUUUAUUGUGUAAUUUGUUAGUUUAUAGAAAUAAAAAAGAAUUUUCAGUUUUUACAUUUAUAUUCAGACAUUCUCUUUAUAUUUCAGAAGCUGAUUAUAACACUUCUCUGUUCUAUUAGUGUUCUGUUAGAACCUUUUCAUCUGAGAAUAAAAUGAAAUAAACAUGCUGUCUGAAAUAUG